AUGCUCACGAACACCCUCAUCACCGCUCUCCUCUCUAUCACCGCCGUCUCCUAUGGCGUGAACGCCCAGUCCAGCACCGCGAGCUCCGCGGCGCCCUCAGGCUCUUCUAUUCCCGGUCUGACGACUUGUAUCGUGCAAUGUCUGCUCCAGGCCGCGUCGACGGGUGGCUGCUCUUCUUUCACCGAUCUCGACUGCAUCUGCUCCUCCGGUGCAUUCCAAAGUGCAGCCAUCGUCUGCGUGGACUCUGAAUGCCCCACGGCCGACCAGCAGACUGCUCUCGGCUUGCAACAACAAUACUGUGGUUCUAGUGCGUCAUAUUCUCCGUUCUCAUCACUCUUCAUCAUCGUUUCAUUUCAUUAA